GGCCACCUCUUAGCAAGUCACGUAGCAGAAACGUAACAUAUACUACAAGCACCGCCAGGCGUCUCAAGUAAUAAUGGUAAUAUUUCCUACAGCCCCUGAAUCCAGCAUUAGCCAUUGCGGUCGAUUUUUGGGAGGAUGUUAGCACCACUCCACCAUAUGAAUGGGUUUCUGUUGGGCCUCCUGUAAACUUUGUACCCCAUCGGUGGUUAAUACGUAAUAUUGUGGCAACAUUGAGAUUGUUUGGCUGUUGGUAGGCUCAACUAACCCCCUUGUCCUAGUUUUCCCUCGAACUUUAAAGCUAAAGUAGCUUAGCAUCUUAUCCUCGACCUUAACAUUAUGCUAACCGGCAGUGAUCAGCUAGCAGGCUAGCUGCUAGCAGCUUCAGUGAAUGAAUGGAUAGUUGCUCUAAAUGAGUAGCAAAUCAAGAAAUUCCAAAUUUCAAGAAAGUAUAUAACGCAUGUGAAAGUUGUUUAGAGUAAAUCGUUUCAAAAUGGACCUCAAUUUUUACUCUGACCUAUCGGAUGGUUGUGCUCAAAAUGUUGAUUCGGAGUUUUUGGACACCCAAGCAUACGGUGGAUACUCAGAGGAAAACAAGUUUCCAGAGGGGAGCGACAGUUAUCUCACCAUCAGUGGGGCGGGCCAUCCUUUUUUGUCCGCUGAGACAUUCCAUACUCCCAGUCUUGGGGAUGAGGUUUUUGAGAUUCCUCCCAUCUCCCUUGAUCCUGACCCAGCUCUGGGCAUCAGUGAUGCAGUGUCCCACUUCGAGUUGACGGAUGGGUCAGAUGGCACAGGGGGACCUUCGGGCUCCCGUAGCCUCGUUAGCAACCUUGUAGUCGAGGCCAAUGACCCUUCCUUCGCUUCCACCUUUGUGAAUUCUGGGUCUCAAGGCCUGGAGCAGCUGAAUCUUGGGGCAAUGGGCCAGGCUGGAGGGGGGGCCUUACUGAGCUCUUCUGCACUGGAAUUGGGAAAUUCCAGUGGUUCACAUUUCAGCAGUUCAUCCCCAAUGACCAUUGAUGUCCAGCUUGGUGACAUUGGCCAUGGUCUUUUGGGAAGCAGUCAGCUCUCUACAAUUAACCAGUCAGAACUAGCAUUGGGUCUUGGGGGUGAGAACAUCAGGCAUCACUCAGAGACACCUGAGCAGCCGCUGUCAGCAACACCGUCUCCAGCUGGUUCCCUGCAGGAUGAGGACAUGGAUGACUUUAAGAGAAGUGUGCUGGUAGACUCCCCCAUGUCUCUCUCCUCCUCCUCUGUCCUCUCCCACAUGUCCUCGCACCCAACACCCUCGUCGUCUGUCUCCCCAGCUACAGCCAGGAGGGGCGGGGGGAAACCAGCCACACUGGCCCAAGCAAAUGUGGCCAUGGGCGCAAAGAAAGGACGGAAGAAGAAAGAUCCAAAUGAACCACAGAAGCCUGUUUCAGCCUAUGCCUUGUUCUUCAGAGACACCCAGGCAGCCAUCAAGGGCCAGAACCCCAAUGCCUCGUUUGGAGAGGUGUCAAAGAUUGUGGCCUCCAUGUGGGACAGCCUGGCUGAAGAGCAGAAACAGGUGUAUAAGAGAAAGACAGAAGCAGCCAAAAAGGAAUAUUUGAAAGCGCUGGCAGCUUACAGAGCCAACCAGCUCUCACAGCCUGCCACUGAGGACAUGGAGACUGCCCCUUCACCACCUCCACCUGCUGUUAACCUGACUCCCACAACCCCUCCCUCUGCUGGUCACCAGGCGAUCCGCCCGGUUAACAACAACAUGGAGGAGAACACCAUCACAAACAUUUGUGCCUCAAACAUUAUUCUGGAUGUCCCAGAGGUGACCACACGUUCCCGCACGGGGGCAAACAAAGCCUCCGCUCCAGCAGCAGCUGCUCCAGCCGCCCAGACCAUCACCAAGAUCAUAAUCCCAAAACACAUGCUGCAGGCGGGGGGCCAGGUGGUGACGGUGUUGCCCAGAGGGGUCCGCACCUUGCAGCCUACGCUGGUAGUGUCAGGUGCCUCUCGUCAGCCACCUCCACUGCAGCAGAUGCAAAACGCUCCUCUGCCACCGCGGCUCCAGCAAAUGGCACCUGCACCUCCACCAUUACAAGCCAAGCCUCGGGAGGGUGGUGCCACACCAGUUCUCCCUGUGUCCGUCACAGCUACACCUCCUCCUCCACUCCAGAUAAAAAUAGUUCCUGCCUCCUUACAGGGCAAAGAGGCUCUGCCAAUUAUUGUCCCUAAUACAGCAGAUGCAUCAUCUACUGUGACUACCUCUGCCCAGUCUACCCCCGUGGUGUCAGUGCAGGUGGUGAAUUCUGCUGAUGUGUCAGGCAGUCAAGAUGAAGAUGAAGUCACAGAAGUGCUGCCUUCAGAAGAGGAUGAGAUGGAGGUGAAUGGGUCCAUUGAUGCUGCAGCUAUAAAGAGUUUGUGUGUGAGAGCGGGCUGUAACAACCCAGCAGUAGAGAGUGAAGACUGGGACAAAGAGUACUGCAGCAACGAAUGUGUGGCCACUCACUGCAGGGAUGUAUUCAAGGCAUGGUGCUCCAUCAAGAAUCAGACUGUGGGAACAGUGAAGUAAAGAGCAGCUACAACAAGUCACAUCAACAGGAAGUUUGUUUUCCACAGGAGCCAGUGUUAAUAAUUGAAAGACAAAUGCAGAACUAGUGCAGGACAGAAAUGUCAAUAAUACAGUUCACUGCAGGUACCUAAGUGUCAUAAUUUUCUCACUGUUUUAUAUAUACUGUAGGUUUUGAAGGUGCUCUAGUUUUUGCUAUUGCUACAUAGCCAACGUCAGCAUUAACAGCUGUUGACAAGGAGUUUCAGUCACUGUUGAGUUACAAGACAAGAGGUUAGAAUACACCCUCUGUGCAGUGCUGCUUCUACAUCCUUUCUCAUGUUGGAUUAAGGGCAAACGACACUAUAUUUGCUCACUAUUGCUAAGUACGAGACAGGGUGGGCUGGGGUUAGCUGGUUAGCAUGCUAACUUCAGUGGAAGAAAAGUGGUAGUAAUAGAAGCAAAACAACAUUUAACAUUAACCUUAACAUUAACGUUGCUUUCCACUACUGGAGACAACUCUUGGCAAGGAAAGGAACAAAGUUUAAUUCUGAGCUCACUAUAUUUCUUCUAGACUGUUAAGUAAGCAGCUGCUAAUGCCAAUGUUAGCUAUGUAGCAACAGCAAAAACUUACAUAUAGCACCUUUUAAGGACAAUAAACAAACAGCAUUGCAAAAAUAGCAUUGUAUUAGGACAGCUUUUCCAAGGUGGUAUUUUUGGUAUUCAAAUUACAGAGAUAUUGGUUGUGGAUAAUUAUGUGUUAUGUUUAAGUAUGUAUACAGCUUUUAGUCAGGCAGCUAGAGAAAACAUCAGCACAAUGAAGUAUAAAAUAUGGUCAAAACACUUUUUUUUUUUUUAAAUUAACGUCCACACAGGUCAGUUUAUACUUGUUUACUGUAAAUUGUAACUUAUUUUGGAAAAGGCUAAAAUGGGUAAGAAAAGUCCUUUUUACAGUUUUAGAUGUGAUUGUACAACACUCACUAAUUGAUUUCAAAUUCAGACUCUGAAAUUUUUUGAAGUUUAAUUAUUUAGUGAGAGAAACCAGAACAAUUCCACUUAAUUAUUUAGUUGAAAAAUGCCUUAGGUGGACAAGAAAACAGUUUAUAUCACUGUAUACCUUGUUUUUGUACGGAGAAUAUUGGCUUUUUUUGGCUUAAUAUUGCCUUCGGUUUUUGUAAAACACUCUAUUCCAAUCAUUGUCAGUUGUUAAAAAAUGCUUGACUUACAUGUUUUCUUAAUAAAUGAGAAAAAUUGUCUA